AUGGAUUUUGCUUCUCCCAUUACUUUGUUACUCAAGAGGGACGUUGUCCAUUCUUCUGCAGGCUACUUCUUAUCUCAGUCUAAGUAUGCUCUUGACAUUCUUGCUAAAGCUGGCUUAACUAACUGUAAACCUUGUGCUGCUCCUAUGUCUGUUAAACCCUCUUCUACUGCUUCUCCUUCAGUUCCUUUUUCUCAGCCGUCUCUCUAUCGGAGUCUUGUGGGCGCUCUGCAGUAUCUUACCAUCACCCGACCUGACAUUGCUUUUGCUGUUAAUCAUGCUUGCCAGGCCAUGCAAUCUCCUUCUGAGGCUGAUUUUGCUGCUGUUAAACAUCUUCUUCGAUAUUUGAAGGGGUCUCUUUCUCACGGCUUGCAGUUUGCUUCGGGUUCUCUUGAUCUUUUUGCCUUUUCUGAUUCAGAUUGGGCUGGCUGUGUCGUUGAUCGUCGGUCUACUACGGGGUAUUGUGUCUUUUUGGGCCCCAAUCUGAUCUCUUGGUCCGCUAAAAAACAACCCACCGUCUCGCGUUCAUCCACUGAAGCUGAGUAUCGUGCUUUAGCCUAG